AUGCACCUUUCGAAGCAAAAAUUCACCAUCAUUCUAGCGAUACAGAACGCCUGGACAGACAGCAUGAGUUCCAUCGACAUAUCAUGCGGCGUCCUGACGCUCCUAACGAGCGCAAUCCAGGCUGGCAAAUCUCUCCAUGAGACGAUCCAGUCCUUUCGAAAUUACGAGCGGACGAUUCGAGAUCUACGCUCCGAGCUCGAGUCGCUCAUACAGGUUCUCGAAUCGCUCAAAAAUGUCGUUACUGAUGAAGGGCCCAUUGUCUCUAUGCUGAAGCUUCCGGUACUGUGUUGCCACCAGACAUGCCAGGAGUUUAAUGCCGUCAUCAUAAAGUGUACCAAACAUGCGCCUGCUGGCUCGCGAACGAGCUUCCGAGACUGGGCUCAGAUCAGAUACAUGGGUGGCGAUAUCAGAGACUUUAAAGACAUGCUAUCCGGCUAUAAAUCUACCAUUGCUAUUGCUCUUGGCAGCCUUAAUAUGACAAAUGUCAAAAUGACUCGCGAAGCGUUGGAUCAGUACAAUGAGAUGAUUCAAGAGACAACCGCUGAUCUCGAGGCUCAUCUUCAGAGCAUCGACGACAAAUUAGCUGCCAUCGCCGACCGUUCGCGCUCUGAGCCUGACCCCAAUGCUGGAUCGAGUGUCAAGCGAAUGGAGGAGGAAAGGCAAAGUGCUCAGCAGUGCAUCCUCAUCUGCGAGAGUGCGCGGUCUCAUAUACAGUCCUUGCAAGAUAAUAUGCAGCGUCUGGAUGCUGAGCCGAACCAAGAUCGCCGCCAGACAGCCAUCGCGCUAAGCGAGGCCAGAGACAGAAUGGUACUCAUGAUUACAGACUUGCAAAAACGGCUCGUCGACCUAUCGGCGAAAUCACUAAGUACGGAGGUAUCAUUGCGGCCCGAUGAGUUUGAGCAGGAUCGGGCUCGACUCCUAAAGGAGAUUGAUAUAGCCAAGCAAUGCCUCGAGGUUUGUAACAUGGCGGCCGACCAGGCCUCUAGGCAGAGAGUACACGUCUUUGGUGACGUUUCCGCCGAGGACAACAGCCAGCAGAUUCUCAUAUCGACCGUGGGAGAUCUCCUAAACGCCAAGAACAUAAAAGUUGGAAAUUUCUCCUCGCAGUGGUUAGGAUCCAUGACAGAUGCCUCUCUGCAACAAUUGUCUAUAGACCGAACGACGCAAUACGUCAAUGUCAAUGUAAGAGAAAACGAUCCGUCCUUUGGUGGUAAAUAUGGCUCAGGGUUUAGAUUGAAUGAAAGGGGCAGCCAGCCAGCUGCUGGUGUCGGACGUACGAAAUAG